AUGUCUGAGCAGACGGUUGCUGUGCCGAUUGCACUGUCAUGCUUUUGCUUGACCGAGAACAGCUGUGACCUCGCGAAUGGCUAUCGGAUUGCCCCAAUAACACAGCCAGGUUACACAUUUCUGCGCUUGAGCGAUGGUCUCAUCGAGCCAGAUAUCCAGGAUCCGGUUGACCUGCACUCAACACAGCCAUGGAACAUGAACUCGCGCAUCGCCGACCUUGGGUCCGGCGCCUUGCUCGAGGACAGACUUGGCGUCUAUGUUCACUGGACUUUGCCACAAUUUUACCGGACAGGCUACUCUGCUGCUGGGGAUGCAGCGUCUGAUCUCGCCCAGCAGGCAGAGCGCCAGAGAAGGGCCGGUUUUCCCCCACGUGCAUCGCACGCAGCGCCGGGUGCGACCCCGGCAGGUAUCACUGGGGCACCACAGUUCAGGCCAGUUCCGAACGUAUGGAUUGUGGUUCGAAGGCUUGAUAUUACGAGCGUCAUCCCUUCCGGUGCACCCAUUGAGCCCCUGAAGGCAUGGGUUGUAUUAUCCGAUGCAUUGAGAAACAUCAACGAUCUUCCAGAUGACGUUGAUCUCCAGGUAGACGUCUCACCAUUCAUCAACGUGAAUCCAGACGAUGUGGCCGGCAAGCCUGACCAGCUCAUUGAAGGCCAGUCAGAGGUGUUUCUUGGAAUGAAACUUGAUAUACACGAAUGGGAAGAGCAACAUUAUGACAACGUCGCCUCUCUUCAUCUUACGACGAUGUCAUCUGGAAAUCCGCUGUUUGCGGAUUUCACUCAUCAGAAUAUGAAUGUUUUCACCAUGUUGGACAAUUUUGAAUACCCAAAUCCUACCUCGACAGACCCAAACCACAAAUCUCACCUCACUCAAGCUCAUGCGGACUAUUUUGUCCUCGGCUAUCACAGUCAAAGUCAAGACGAUCCACUUAUCACCGCUGGCAAACCGGCAACGGUAUCCGCAGCAGGUUCUGGGACAUCAGUCCACGUCACUGAGCCAACAAACUUGGACAGACUCAACACCUGUAACAUGCAGCUCAAGGAUCCAAUUCUCAGAGAUAGCAACGGCAAUGCUGUUCAACGCGACGGCCAGGACGUCCAAAUUCCCUGGCUGGCACAAGAGGCACAGGCCAGGCUGCUUUGCCACGCCGUCACAUAUGGCGUCAACUACAACAGGUCCACGCAACCGACGACCGUGCUCGCUCAACAGGCCGCGAGCGCCCUCCGUGCACAGCCUAUAUCUGUGGGCGUGACGCCGAUUGACGCCUUGCUCGCAUAUAGUCGGUCGUUCCAGGACCGUGAUAGCGGCCGAAUGUCUGAAAUGGAGAAAGACCUGCUGUUAAUUUCCACGCUCUUACAAAACAACCAAGGCGACGACGAUGUCGAUGGACUGCAAGCAGCGGCGGAUGAGCAACUCGAAUUGGCAUUUACAAAGGUCAACGCUGGCACGGAAUGGAAAUUGAAGCAGUUUCAAGAUCCAAGGACAGGACCUGUACAAGCUACACCUAGCGAGGUCGGCGAUCUGAUCCAGAUCAAUGCCGUUCAACGGGCAGUGGACUACAUGACGCGUCGUCAAUCGAUCAACUCGUGGUAUCUCUUUGCAUCGUGGUGGAACUGGACUGCUGCAUCGUUCAUCGACGAAGAUAUUCCCACGUAUGUUGACAACUUCCGCAAAUUGGCUGAUCAGGUCACGCAACUGCAAAGUUUGUGGGCUACGAACGGAACUACUCCUACCAAGACCAUCAUAGAUACGAAAGCCAAGUGUCAGACUUCGACGUCUGAUCGAUUCUACCAGCGGAAAGACCCGACGCUUCUGUUUGGCAAUAUCAGCAAGGGCUGGGAUGCCGAUUUUAUGUCGAAGAUCCCUGUUCGUCUAGACAAUCAGAUCUUGACAGCAAGUACCGAGGAGGUGCGUGGCUGGAAAGGCGCCUCGCAGUUCUUCGACGGCAUCGUUGCGAACAAAAGGAUUCCGGCGGAGCUCAAGCAAUCCAUGCGCACAUUGCUGUCCGAGUUCCUCCAAUUGAGAGAGGACAACCAAAAUGACCAACCUGCGCCAGGAAAGGUCGUACCGCUCUAUCAUGUGGAGCCAUCAAUCACAACGCCUUCGAGCUCAACCAACACUACGACACCUUCCCCUCCCUCCGGGAAACAAAGCCGGGAUCGCUGGAGAAACACCCAACCAUGGAGACCGCUCUUCGUGGAAUGGGAGGCAAAGUAUUACCAUAUCCCUUUUGACAAAUGGAUACUGGGAGAGCAUCACCAGUACAGCAACUGGGGUGCCAAAGUCAUGAAGUACGGCUUCGACCAGGAUAAAGCCAUUGCACUAGGCCCAAACGAGAAACCUGACAUUCGCACCGUUCGAGGACGGAAUUAUCUCAUCCCGCAAGGAGCAAGCACUCUCAACACUCUCGUGUCACAAAUCUUUGAGAACACGAACCCGUCUGUGCUUGAGAACGAUUACCAUUUGUCCAAGGAUGAGCAGGGUACACUCCUGGAUAUACUUUCCGAUGUCGACAUCGUGUCCUUUCCCUUGACUGGCCUUACUUCUCAGCUGCUCACUCAGUUCGAAGGAAGUCACGUUAACCCUCUGGUGAGGUUACCAGGUCUUGAAAGCCGUGUUAUCGCGGAAGCCAAGGACGUGUACCAAAAGGCAGUCGAUGCGGCAUUCAAAAAUCGAUCUAGACCCCCACCCGCAGACCUGGACGUCGUGAUGCGCCAGAUGAACUCAAGCACGACAACAACUCCAUAUGGCGACCUUCCAGUCGGUGAUAGCGAUGACCCGAUGAAGCCCGUGACGCAUGGGCAACUUGUCUUCACGCAGAUCAACGUCAUUGACAAAUUUGGACAGGCCAUCUCCAUCGUCGACCCCGAGCCAUGGCGCCUGGCGCAGAAUCGGCCAAUCACGCCUUGUAUAUCCGAUACGUACUACCCAGGAAUCGUGGAUGACAAGAAGCCCAGUGAUGCUGCUUCACAGCCAAACAUUAUUGUGCCGUUACCUAACAAUAGUCACGCGUGUCCAUUCAUCUCUCUCACGCCGAGUAUAAACCAACCGGCUCGAUUGAACGCUCACUUUCUUUUGGACGAUUCCAUCACCCCGACUGCCGUUGGAGCAGGCACUGCAGGCGGUACAGCCAUAUCCCAAAGACCUGUCUAUCGAUCAUGCACCGAUUGGGACAAUCCGGUCGUAGGAUGGCUCGUCGUCAACUACGCCGACCAAGGCAUUCAAGUGUUUCUUGCUGAUGGGACCUUCUACCGCGAACGCCGCCGUGGAGGUCGGACAAAGGGACAAACUGUCGCAUCGCGAAAAUGGCUGCCGUUCGAACCUCCUGCUACGUCCAUGAUAGCUGAUGCCAAAACGAAACAGCUCGACUUUCUCAUUGAGCAACUGAAGAAUGACGACUACUUCGAAGGCAUGAUUGCGAUGUUGAACCAGUCCAUUGAUAUGAACCAGGGGGGUAAAACACUCCCACCUCCCCCAAGUUCAUAUGGCGCGUACACGUCAACUAUGGUUGGUAAACCUACUGUUCUCGUCAAUGCUGGCUGGAGCCUCGAGCUAUCGCAAGAAGCGAACAAGAGCUGGAGUACUUUGCAAAGUACAGCCGUUGAACCCAGCGCCCCUCCCGUUCCCGGGAAGCAGGCUCCAAGAACACUCCUGAAGCCCAAUGGAUCGUCGUGGGAAUCGUGGCCAGAUGCCACGCCUCGAAAUCCCGUUCCGGAUGACACGCAGGCAGGCGGCUAUCAUUUCAAAGUGAAGAUUGGCGAUGGAGACCGGAAUUACGACGGCUUACUAGGUUUCUUUGUGCCGCGGGAUGAUCACGAUUUCGCAGCUCAUCCCGAACUGGGCGAUACUGACUUCUCACGCAUCUACACGUACCUCACCGAAGGCAUGCCUGCCACCAUGCCUGCGCCGAAUGCCGAUCCCCGCAUCGACCUCAACGGCAGUUCAACAUAUUAUCCGACGCUUACGCCGUACUAUCAAGACCUGCUCAGCACCUCCUUCACCUCCAGCGCUAUGUCCACCCAACAAGAUCACGACGCCCGUCUCCGCCGCCUCCUACUGAUCAUCGACCCCUUUCAGCCCCUGCACGCCUACACAGCCAUACUUCCCAACAAGACGCUCCAACUCGGAAAUUACAUCAUCGAACAGGCGCUGAGCCGCAUCUCGGCCUUCUGGCGCAUCGGCCCUGUGCUGGUCGCGGCAGACGUGCCGGCCUUCGAGCAGACAAAAGUGCUUAAGGGCGACGAGCUGGAUGAGAUUGCAAAGCAGGCAGCAGCGACGGCACAGGAAUCGUUAUCGACGGGACAACCGCCGGCACCAAAAGUCGUGCUGCCUAUAUCUGCAGGCAUGAUGGCGCUGGCGGAGAAGCAAGGCGACAAGGCGGGACUGUGGUAUCUGCAGCCGUACUGGGCUGUGCUAGAUAACACUUCAAGGAGCACGAUGACCCCUGGUGAUGGCGUUCCGGCAAGUCCGGCUUCUUCUUCAACUUCUGCUUUACCGAAUACACAUUUCAACGCUCUCGGUGUUGCUCCGUCAGCGACAGCGGGUGAUGCAACAACGCUCAAGUUGCAGGACGGGCCCUACUCCAUGGUUGAAGGCUUUUUACAGAUUUCACGACCAAUAUCAAGCUUAACGACCGAAAGUUGA